AUGAAAACACCGGAAAUCAGAAAGUACCAUAUAGGAUCUACGAAAAGGAGUGAUGAUAUCUUUGAGAUGUUGUUAACUCCUAGAAUAACCACAAAAAGUGAUUACAAGAUACAAGGAAUUAACGAACUUCUCAUCAUAGAAGGUAUUUUUCUGGAAAAAAUAACUAGAAAAUUUAAAAUUCAUAUCAAACUACAUCAAGUUAAGACAGCUGCUUUCCACGAUUAUUUAUCACAUUAUACAAUCGAAAUUAGAGAAUCUAAAAAUCUUAUCCAUGAUAUAAUUACCACUGCUUUGUCGACCAUUUCUAUGAUGAAAAUGAGGCCGAAUAACGAUACCAAGUGGGCAAUCAAAAUUCAGAUUCAACCGACCAUAAUGCAGCCGUAA